AUUUUAUAAACAAAACGUGCUCGCGUUCGGUUCGGUUGGUUCUGGGUGCAAUAAUUUCGGAAAAUUCUGAUUAAUUUCCAACUCCAGCAUCGGUUAUUCGUUAAAAAAGUGUUCAAUAGACUGUCAUUCAAUGCACAUCACUCGAACUCGUGCCAAAAAGAUGCCCAAAAGGACGCACGCCCAGCGGAAAGUUUAUCCAAAAUGUUCCAUCACGCAGCUGCCGGACAAGCUUCUGAUGUGCAUCUUCCGGCAGCUGCCGCGGUACGCUAUCCUCCCGGCAACGGAAGUCUGCACCCGCUGGUUCGCAUUGAUCAGUUCUAGCGACCUACUGCACGGCUUCACGCUCCGGGUCGAUCUUGCCCUGCUGCAGGACGAGCAUAAUUCCGUGCUGGAGUACGAGUACUUUCUGAAUCGAUCGGUCCGUCCCUAUCGGAAGAUGCAGGUCGUGAUCCGUGAUCAUCGGUCGUUCGUGGUGGCCGUGAUGGCCCUGCGCCGGUUCGGUCCGCACUUGACCGAUUUGAGCUUGACGUUGGACCACCGGUGCGUGUAUCCGUCGUAUAUGCAGCUGCACUUCACCCGGAUGAAGGAUAUAGAGAUGGGUUUGGAAGAACACCAGCAGAUGCUGUGGGAGCAGGAGAUCGAAAGCUACGAUCGAUGUUUGGUGCUGAUCGCGCUGUCCAAGGAGAAAUUGAAGGCCCUAAAACGACAGUCGAACCUCUGGCAGGACGAGGCCAAAUACCGCCGCAUCGAGGAGGUCUUCCUGGCCUUCGUGUACCGGCAGUGUCUGCAGCUGGAGCGCUUCCACAUCAAACGGAUCCAAAAUCUAAGGGAAACCCGCACCAAAACUCUGCACUACGUCGGUGUCGGAAUGGAACGUCUCCAGGAAAUGGAGCUCACCGGGACGGGUCUGAUCGUCCUGCCGGAUUCGUUCCGCCUGCGGAAGCUCACGGUCCAAGGCGUAACCACGGGACACCCGUUCUACGGUGGGUUCGCGGGUGCAUUCCCCCUGCUGGCACACCUGGAGAUCAGCGACGACAUGCAGUUCGACAACGUCUGCCUUUGGAAGAUUUGCAAGCGCUGUCCUAGUUUGGAAGAUCUGAUUUUCGUCUCCGAUCGGAUAACUAAAGAAGGGUUCUGCUAUAUGCACCGAUUGCAGCGGCUGAGGAAGCUGUCCAUCACGUUGACCGGGAAACAUCCGGACUGCCAGUUCGAAGGGUGUCGCGCCCUACCGGUGGAGAAUCUGUUUGUGUGUUGCAGUGAGUUACGAGCGGAAACCAUUCAGGCUACUUUGACGCAGAACGAAAACAUGAAGGAGUUUGUGAUUCGCACCAAGAGCUGUAUCGAGUACAGUGUGCUGUAUCGGCUGCAGCAGCUUAGGCCCACGUGUCGACUGACCUACACGCAAGUGGUUGUGUAGAAGUAGGCGGGGUAAGUUACCCUCAGACGAAUGAUUCAUUUUUUUUAACUUUUGACCAUACGUUUCUUGUUACAUCUUGUGUCACGUUCUAGAGAUACUUGAAUAGAAUUUUGUUGAACUUUCCCCUUAUUUACUCAAU